AUGGGUUGUGCUUGCUGUGAGUGCAAUGGAAACAACAACUGUUGUUCGUGUUGCAACGCUGGAACAGUGAUUCCGAAGCGUCAUUACUGUACAUUUCCGGGUUGCUCUUAUUCUACCAUCCGAAAGAGCGAUUUAAAGAUCCACAUACGUACGCACACGGGAGAGAAGCCCUUCAAAUGUCCCUACGAAGGAUGCUCGUAUGCUGCUGUUACAAAGAGCAUUCUUGGUAUUCAUUUGCGCACUCAUACGGGAGAAAAACCACUGAAGUGCCCAUUUCCCAACUGCUCCUACUGCUGUGCGAAUCACAGCAACCUGAAGGUGCACAUGCGAACACACACAGGAGAGAAGCCAUUUAAAUGUCAAGUGGCCGGAUGCAACUACGCGUCGAUCACCUCCAGCGAUCUAAAGAAGCACUACCGUGUUCAUCAGCAUAGUUUCCCCGUCGUCUCUACAGACGCCCAGAGCCCCAUUUCCGGAGCUCCAUCGAACGAGAUAAAGCGAGUCAAGAGGAAAGGAUCUCGUAUUAUGGAAACCGGUUCGGCAAGUGAAGUAGCGGCACCCCUAACUAGUUCGGGACGUAUGUUGAAGACUACUGAGGGUAGAACAAGAUCUCUCUCAGAAGAGCGUGCCCAGUUCAUUGAAGAGGAAUAUGAUUUCCUUAGCAACGAAAUCGCUACAUGGUUAAGUAACGUCUCAGGAAAAGAAAUUUCUGCUGAUAUUGUCAAUUCUCUCUACGAUGGAAUCACGCUGUGCGAGAUUGUCGAAAAACAGAUGAGUUCCAUUCCUAUUGAGGAAUACCACAAGAAUGCAACAAAGGGCUCCUUCCUAGGUCGUGACAACAUUCAGAUCUUCUCCCGUUCGUGUCAGAAAAUGGGUAUCCAGGCGAUUGACUGCAUCACUCCCUCUAUGUUCGAUGACAACAAUCGCAAGGGUCUCGUGAACGGUCUUCUGCGAUUCGCUCUCCGCGGUUCGCGCUUCGGUCUGAAGCCCAUCACCUUCUUGCAAUCAGACCGUAUGCACGAAUUCAUCAAAGCCAUGCCCAAGUCCGAAUCCGAUGAAAUCGAGCGUCUCAUCAAGGAGGCCGAAGAGCAAGCGCAGCAAACCGCCCCCGAAGCUCCCGCAGAGCCUGCGGAGCCUGUGGAGCCUGCAGAGCCCGCGCAGCCCGCCAAAUCGGCGAAGAAAGAGGCGAAGAAAGAGGCGGCAGAGGCGAAGAAAGAGGCGGCAGAGGCGAAGAAGGCGGAGCUGGACGCGAAGAAGGCGGCGGAAGCGGCGGCCAAGGAAGCGGCGGCGCUGAAGGAGGCGGCAGCGCAUCGGAAAGCGGCGGCGGAAGCGGCGGCACUGAAGGAAAAGGAGGAAGCGCUGCGCCGCGAGAUCCAGGAGGAAGUGCGUCGCUUGAUGCGGGAAGAGGCGGAGGCGCGGAGAGAGGCGCGGCGCCGAAGACAGGAGGAGGAGCAGCGGACGGAGCGAGAGCGCGCGGAGAAGAAGCAGCGCGCGGAGGAGGAGAGAAAGCGGCGCGAUGAGGCCGAAUGGGAGCUCGCGUACGCCGAGAUGGACCGCAUGGCGAAGCAGGAGAGCGCCAAGGAGGCCAAGGAGGAAACGGAGAAACCGGAGAAACCGGAGAAGAAGACGGAGAAGAAAAUGGAGAAGGUGGAAACGGUGGAAAAGAAGGAGGCGAAGAAGAGCAAGCCGAAGAAGAGCAAGGGAAAGAGCAAGCCGAAGAGCCAGGGGCAGAGCGAAGAGAUGCAGCCGGAGCGCGAAGUGAGAGCGACGCAGAGCGGAAGCGAAGUGAAAACGGUGGUGAAGAGAAACAGCAGCUCGAUGGCCACUGCGUACAUCGCUAUGGCAGUGCUGGUCGUGAUCGUGGCGUUUCUGUAUGCAAUCUACAUGAAGUCGUAUUCACAAUAAACAGAGGAUA